AUGACCAAGAUGCACAAGCAUCCGGAGCAGGUUAAGUAUUGUAAGAUGCACGAUGGCAAAGGGAUCAAAAGGGCGUUGAUCGACAUUGCCCAAUGGCCCGAUGAACAGACGCUGAAGCCGGAGGAGUGGCGCGAUGCUUGGCGCAACUACUUCGAGAUCCUACCAGCUGUUUGCGAUGACGAGAUUGUCAAGCACUUCUCAGAGCACUACAUGUGGCUCUCCGGGCAGAGCGAUUUCAACAGGAUCUUCUCAGUGAUCCUCGCAUUCGAUAUUGAUGUGCACUGCAGAUAUUUCCUCACGAAGAAGACCUUCAUCGUCGACUCGAAAAGCUACAAUGAUCACUUUCUCAAAGUCCGUCUGGAGCACAUCGAGAAGGGUACUCCAGGCACGCUUCCUAUCCUCACAACUCCCAUCGCCAGUUCGUCCCAAACCCCAUAUCGUACGCCGUCACACUCCCCCGAUUCACGUCGCCCGUGCCGCGAUGGUGCGGCAGGCUCCACUGCCAAGCCCUUUCGCGACGGCAGAGCAUCUGCGUCCACGAGCAUGCUCUGCCUCAUCUGCGGCGAGAGUGGACAUCGGGCCAGUCAGUGUGGGCGAUCGACCAUGUCGAACGCGGACACAUCUGCUCCCUCUGUGGUUCCGACGGUCAUGCCGCUGCGGCUAAGCGGUGUCUCGGAGCGUGAGCGUAUCAUUACCCCUUACGACGCUGAUGCCUUCGAGUCUGUUCUUCACACACUUGGCCUCUUUCAGCGUUAUCCCUUCUUGCCUCGCAAAUUACGUUACAGCUUCCCCAUUGGAGAUUUCGCUCCGCUCCUUCGCACAUUUGCUCCUCUCAAUCAUUCUUCCGGUGCUGAACACAUCAAUUUCAUUCGCCAGUAUAUCUCUGAGCAAGUUUCUCUUGGCUGCAUGACUGGUCCAUACUCGCAGGCUCAGGUUGAGCAUAUCUUGGGCUCUCACUUCGUAUCUUCUCCGCUUGCUGUUGUUCCGAAGGCCGGCUCGAAAAAAUUCCGUCUCGUGCAGAAUUGCUCAUAUCAGGACGAGUUUGGAGUCUCAGUGAAUAGCCAGAUCAACUCGGACAACUUCCCCACCAAAUGGGGCACUGCAGCCGAGGUCGCAGAAAUCAUCAUCAACGCACCUGCUGGUGUGCAGGCGGCUUGCCUUGACAUCAACUCCGCUUUCCGCAAUCUUCCCAUCAAGCCCGCACACAAGCCAUUUCUGGUCAUUCAAUGUGACCCCAGCGACUUCUACAUCGAUCACGUUCUUCCAUUCGGCGUCUCGUCAGGGACCGGGGUGCAGGGUGAGCCGAUGGAUGCCAUCGUCAACAUCCUGGGGGCGCAUGACAUCAGGCCGUCUCGCAAGUGGGUCGAUGACCUUAUUACAUUCCAUUUUCCUGUUUUCUGA